AUGAUGAGUUUAACAAACCUCGAUUUUAUAGUAGGAACCAAGAAGCUGAAGAUUGCCUUCUUUGUGGUAGACACCAUUUCUACCACUUACAAUGCAUUGCUUGACAGGGAUUGGAUCAACCAAAGCUUAUGUGUUAUUUCCACUCUACACCAACAAUUGGCCUUCUGGCAUGAAGAUGGUUUUAUGGAGAUAGUAGAGGCCGAUCCACGACCAUUCCUACCAUUUGCCUUAUGUUUCGAGGCCAAGUACUAUCAUGAUGAUCUUGGUCCUUAUACUUUCUUUGGAGUCAACCAGAACGGUCGCCCCCACGGUAUCAUAGCUCAGAGGCUCAUUGAAGAAGGUCUGGCUAGUUCUUUAGAGGACUGGAAUAGACCUUUUGUUCUAAACCUCCAAAGUUCUGAUGUUUAG